AUGGCAGGAUUAGAUUUCUCGGGAAUUCAACAGUUUGAUCCUCAUUCAGAGCCAAGUUUGCUGGCUUCGCAGUGGAAAGAAUGGCUGCAACGAUUCAAACGAUGUAUAGUCGCUUUUGACAUCAAAGACAAAGCAAGGAAACGAGCUCUAUUGUUAUACCUGGCCGGUCCAAAGGUGGAAACAAUAUUUGCCACGCUCUCUGAUACGGGAGAAGAGAACGACUUCGAUAAAGCCAUAGAGAACUUGACAGAGUAUUUCGCGCCGAAGAAAAACAUUCUAUACGAGCGACAUAUUUUUCGCCAAGUCAGCCAGCGAUCUGACGAAACACAAUUGACCAAUUCUGUACACGACUGA